UUGGGCUGGGCCAGAUGAACAGCAGGUCAGCGCCCGCUCCAGUCCUGUGGAGCCUCUGGGAAUCAGGAGCCCAGAGGAAACACAAAUCCUGCUGGUUUGGAUCCUUUUCAUUCCCAGUUCAAGGAAUGUGAACUCGCCCUCCUCCCCGCUACUCCCUGAUUUAUCCGACUUUCUUUCCCCUCUGCAAAGGGAAAGCGCGAGAGCGUAUAAAGAACUGUGCGCACGCGAUGACAGGAUGACCCGGGAGAAGCUGAUAAAGGUACAGGGGGGCUGGGGCUGGGGGCAAAUGUUUAGAGGGCAGGGAGAGGGGAAUUUGGAAAGGGUACCGGGCCGGGUGAUUUUUGGUUAAUUUUCUAACUCAACGUUUACCUGAAAAGUACCAGUCGCCAGUCCUGUUCAGAAGAGAGAAGGGGCUUUCCUGGCUGUUCAUCAGGGACGAGCUGGAUAAUUAGCAGGGCUCUGGCUAAUAUCCAUUGCAUUGGUCCCUCUGGUUAUGUAGCUUCCACCAGGCGAUGGGGAAAUGUUGUGGUGGUGGUGGGGGUGGCUUCUUUCUUUCCCGAAACCAGCCAGAAAUUCUCCAGAAAGCCGGGCCUCUAUUGCUGGUGUGUGGUGCGAGCAGCUGGGGCAGGGUCUCCAGACAAACGAGGGGCUGAGCUGCAUGCCCCAGUAACACAGCAAGUGGGUGUAGGACACAGGGCUGGGUCUAGAACCAGAGCUCACUGAGUGACUGUAGAACCUCACCAGCUGACUGUGGCCAGGUGUCCACAGUGCGAGGUCAGGGUCCUGGGAGUAGCUGAGUGAGGGUAAGAUAGUCUCACUGACCUUGUCCUGACCCUGGCAGCUGGGGAUCUCCAAGCUGGCCCGCCGGGAAAAAAACCCUCAGAGAGCCCAGAUGAGGCAGCAGAAACGGAAGGUGAGCCUCCUUUGGUGUGGGUGGGGAGGGCCACUGGGACGGAGGGCAGGGCCUCCCCCCAGCUGGAGUCUCCCCAUCAGGAGAGCAAGGGCCUCCUACUAGGCCCUCCUUCCUGUAGCUGGUGCCUGAAAUGCCCUCAGCAGAGGGCCCAGGACAAAGGCCUGGAAGAGCUGGGCUCAGCAUGCCCUACAGGAAGGGUGGGGUCUGGGACCACAAGGCAUUGUGACCUGUGAACAUCCCAGGCUGUAGGUGACCAUGGGUGCAGCUGGGGGAGGAGAGGGAUAGAAUGGAAGGAGGAAGCUGAAGGUGUCUGGCUGCUCCAAGUCAGAGAUCUUGAGGAGAGGUCUAGGAGACCGGGGUGGGGUGUGAGAUUCCGGACAACAGAACGGGGAAGGCCACUUGCAGGUGGGUGCUCAUCACCACUCCCACCCCAAUGACACAGGGCGUCAUUCCCUUUCUUGGAAUCUUUGUCGAUGACCUAACUCUGCUGCAGAAGUGGACGCAGAAUAAUGUGGCUGCCUUCAAGAUCAUCCAGCAGCUGCAGUUGCUGCAGGUGACUGCCAAUAAUUUCUGUUUUCAACCGGACAGAGACUUUCAGUCCUGGUUCCAAACCAUGAAGCCACUGGACCAGUACAAUAUCCACAACUUCUCCUGGGAGCUGGAGCCACCAUUUCAAUAGGCCAAAACAACAUCAAGGCCAAGGAGACCUGUCCUGGGACUGUGUCCACAUUUGAGAUACUUUUAUUUACUCUCCCCUGCCACUCCCUUACACCCCCCUGGAAACCUGUUCAUUUACUCCGCCCUGACACUCCGUUUUCCUGUCAUCUAUAU